GUGGGUUUUGUCGAAGGCUGAGGUAUGCUCAGCAAUGAUUUGUGUAUUAAGUCGAACACACCCACACACACACGCGGCUAUCUAGAAGGCCGGCAACUUGUCGUGCAGGGGAGAGCGGAUGGUAAAGAGCGAGAGUCGGCAGUCGGUGUCGGAGAUUAUCCGGCGGGUAAUUGUACGGUGACGGGAGUGUUACUAGUGUCAGCGAGAUUAGCAGUGGUACGUGUCAGUCGUAGCGAAGAGCGUGGCAAUGAGAGCAGUCGCGGUGGUUGUGACGGCGACGGCAGCCUGCAGUUCCCUUGCAGUGGUGGUGGCGGCCUCAGCAGUGACGUUGGCAGUGGCCCAUAUAAUGAUGAGGGCGGCAGCGACCUCCCGCAGUGGUGUUGUCAAACUCAUUCAUUCAUAAAUUCAAUUACCACACAUCUCCCCGCAAGCGCAUCGCCCACAAGCGCAACUUCUGCGCGGAGCCACAAAAAUUCUAAAAUGUAA